GGUGGUUUGGAAGCUUCGGUGCCAAGAUGUCCCGGCCCCAGCCGGACCCAAUCUAGCACCAAAGGUCCUAGACGCCACAAGCGGGCGCGCGGCCGCCGCCAUGGCGUCGUCGCUGUCCAGCGGCGGCGGCGGUGGCGGGCGGCGGAACAGCCUGGUCGUGUUCGUCGAGGGCCAGGCGUUUCACGUCGACCGCCCCUUGCUCACCAGGCACAGCCAGUUCUUCAGGAAGACCCUCGACAGGCCGGAGAACCGGAACAAGCACAAGCUCAAAUUGUCGGGCGUCUCCGCAGCGACAUUUGCCGUGCUACUGAAGUACAUGAACACGGGCGAACUGCAAGUCACACCGGAAAAUGUGGACGACGUGUUCAACGCGGCCUUCCGUCUUCACAUGUCUGAUGUCGUCAAGCACUGCAUUCAGAUGGAGACGGAGACGACGCCGACCGGUCAGCAGAUCCUCAUGUUCUCCGCGGCGCGACGUCUGAACAUGGCCGAGGAGGAGCAGCGGGCCUACCACUUCCUCACAGCGCAUUUCAUGUCGGCCGUGGCCACCCGCGAGUUUCUCGAACUGGACGCCGACGACGUCAUCCGGCUGCUCUCCGCCGACGCUCUUGGAUGUCACUGUGAGGAAGAAGUGUUCGAGGCGGCAAUGCGAUGGCUGAACCACGCGCCUGGCGAGCGGUCUCCCCACAGCGAAAAGCUCAUGGCCGCCGUCCGCUUCGACCACAUGAACCCGAGCGAGCUGCACCACUGCCUCGAGUACCCUGGCGUUGCUCAAAUGGAACCCGUGAAAAAAAUUGUCCUCGACGCCAUAUAG